UUAUUCUCAGCGCGGUGUGUACACACUGUAUAAUUUGCCGGUGCCUCUGUUGGGGUUUGUUUAAUUUAUUCAAUUCGAUUCCAAGUAGUACAACAGAACUGCAAUAAUGGCCGACGACGAGCAGGAUGACCAGAAGGAGUAUCGCUGGGAGACGGGCUACGAAAAGACCUGGGAGGCGAUCAAAGACGACGAGGACGGCCAGCUGGAUGGAGCCAUUGCGGAGAUCAUUCAGAAGGCAAAGCGCCAGCGGCAGGCUCAAAAGACCAAGCAGAACCGCCUGGGCAUGAUGCGGCACCUGUUCCUCGUGCUGGACUGCUCUGAGUCCAUGAGCGUGCCGGACCUGAAGCCUACGCGACUGCGCUGUACCGUGAAGCUGCUGGAGGUGUUCAUCGAGGAGUUCUUCGACCAGAACCCCAUCAGCCAGUUGGGCAUCAUAGCGCUGAAGGCCAAGCGGGCGGAAAAGGUGACCGAGCUCACCGGGACGUCGCGCGUUCACCUCAAGGCGCUAGAGGGGUGGGUUCCGAUUCAUUGCUCUACUUCCAACUCAUUCACGUAUUGUUUCAGCUUGGCCAACGUCUCCCUGACCAGCGAACCGUCGCUGCAAAACGGCCUGGAUCUAGCGUUGAAAACGCUGAAGGUUGUCCCCUCCCACGCAUCCCGCGAGAUCGUCAUUAUAAUGGGUUCGUUAACCACCUGUGAUCCAGUGGACAUCAACCUCACCAUCGACGAGCUGAAGAAGGAGGGCAUUCGUUGCUCGGUAAUCUCCUUGUCGGCCGAGAUUCACGUGGCCCGCUACCUCACACAGCAGACGAUGGGUACUUUUGGGGCUGUUCUGGAUGACGCCCAUUUCCGCGACCAACUUAUGUCCCAGGUGGAUCCACCGCCCGCAGCAAAGACCCAGCACUAUUCGCUUAUUCGAAUGGGUUUUCCUCACACCAAAAACGAGGUGGAGGGCAAGGACGCGCCGCUGUCCAUGUGCAUGUGCCACAUAGGAAACCUGGAGGAGCCCAGCGAACUGUGCACCACUGGUCACCAUUGCCCGCAGUGCAACAGCAAAUACUGCGAGCUCCCCGUCGAGUGUCAAUCCUGCGGACUCACCCUAGUCUCGGCGCCGCACCUGGCGCGGUCCUAUCACCACCUGUUCCCGGUGCCUAACUUUGAGGAACUUCCGUUUGAGGCAAUGCCGGCCUCCUCCUCAGACCGCGACAGCGGGGUCAGGGAGUGCUACGCCUGCUUCAAGGCCCUCGGGCAGGUGGCAGACAAGGUCGCCGAUAAAGUCGUCUAUAAAUGCGGAUUCUGCAAACAGUUCUUCUGCGUCGACUGCGACGUCUUCAUCCACGAGACCUUACACGCCUGCGUGGGAUGCAACACGAUUCCUGGCGUGGACGGCCUGGUCUAUCAGCAGAGCGCCAAGUCCGACCAGGAUGAUGCGCACCCGGGGACUUCCAAGCAGCGCGCCCAGUUCGGCAUAUAACUGACUUUCUGUAGAUAGAUAUAACGAACUCCAACUACGCAUUUAGGGCAAAACCAAUACAGUUCAAUUCGUACCGGUGUACGUGAGUUGUAUCAAUUAA